GAAAAAGAGAGAGAAAAGGGGCAAAUCACUCACCAGACAAUUCCAGUCCACUCAGAAGCUACAAGAUCAGGAGUCGUCUUUGGCGUGCACAGCCCGAGGAGAGGACGGGAUGAUGACAAAGAAGACAGCCUGUGAGGAGGGAGACGGGGGACCCAACAGUCAGGGUGAUGGGAAGGAGAGCAGUCCUUUCAUCAACAGCAGUGCAACCAGUGAUGCAGAGAAAAGCCAGCACUAUGAUGGUAAAAAUAUGGCUCUGUUUGAGGAGGAGAUGGACACCAGUCCCAUGGUGUCAUCUCUGCUCAGCACUCUGGCCAACUAUUCUAAUCUGCCAACCGGCAGCAAAGAGCAUGAAGAAGCUGAAAACAAUGAGGAGGGGCCACGUCCAACCAAAAAACCUGUCAAGGCACCGCAGCUUGGCACUCUGAUGGGGGUGUACUUGCCGUGCAUCCAGAACAUUUUUGGCGUGAUUCUCUUCCUGCGGAUGACCUGGAUGGUUGGCAUUGGUGGAGUCUUUGGUUCCUUCAUAAUUGUCUUCAUGUGCUGCUCCACAACGAUGCUCACAGCGAUAUCCAUGAGUGCUAUUGCAACAAAUGGAGUGGUACCAGCUGGAGGUUCAUAUUACAUGAUCUCUCGCUCCUUGGGACCCGAGUUCGGUGGAACUGUGGGAAUCUGCUUUUACUUGGGAACCACUUUUGCGGGAGCUAUGUACAUUCUGGGCUGCAUUGAAAUACUAGUGAUUUAUAUUGUGCCUCAGGCAGCUAUCUUCAAGUUGGAGGGCCUGGAGGGCUCAGAGGCGGAGUUGGCUCUCCUCAACAACAUGCGGGUGUAUGGCACCAUCGUCCUGUGCUUCAUGGCCCUGGUAGUUUUUGUGGGUGUGAAAUAUGUCAAUAAGUUGGCACUGGUCUUCCUGGCUUGUGUCAUCUUAUCUAUCCUGGCUGUUUAUGUUGGAGUCAUAAAAACUGCCAUCGAGCCUCCUGUCUUCCCUGUCUGCCUUCUGGGAAAUCGAACCCUUGUAUCGAAAGGGUAUGAUGUCUGUGCAAAAGUCAUCGAAAUUGACAAUGAUACCGUUACCACCAAACUGUGGACGACCUUCUGCGAUUCUGAGUCUCUCAAUGCCACUUGUGAUGAAUACUUCACCAACAACAAUGUUACAGAGAUACAGGGCAUCCCAGGGAUCACGAGCGGCAUCCUGGCAAAGAACCUGUUUGGUAACUACCUUGACAAAGGAAUGAUCCUGGAGGAGCGUGGAGUUCCAUCUGUCGCAGAACCAGACAGUCCCACUGCAAGUUCCAACCGAUAUGUCCUGGUUGACAUCACCAGUUUCUUCACCCUACUAGUGGGGAUAUACUUCCCAUCAGUCACAGGUAUCAUGGCUGGAUCAAACCGCUCUGGAGACCUACGUGAUGCUCAGAAGUCGAUUCCCAUUGGCACUAUUGCAGCCAUCACCACCACAUCCACCGUGUACAUGUCCUGUGUUGUGCUGUUUGGUGCCUGUAUAGAAGGAGUUGUCCUAAGGGACAAGUUUGGUGAGGGGGUCAAUGGUAAUUUGGUGAUUGGUACACUGGCAUGGCCAUCGCCAUGGGUCAUUGUGUUUGGUUCCUUCUUCUCCACUUGCGGGGCGGGGCUUCAAAGUCUGACUGGUGCUCCACGUCUCCUACAAGCCAUCUCUCGGGACGGCAUCAUUCCAUUUCUUAGAGUUUUUGGGCAUGGUAAAGCCAACGGGGAGCCCACCUGGGCCCUGCUGCUCACAGCUAGCAUCUGUGAGAUUGGCAUCAUCAUCGCCUCCCUAGAUUCAGUUGCACCCAUCUUGUCCAUGUUUUUCUUGAUGUGCUACAUGUUCGUCAAUCUUGCUUGUGCCCUGCAGACUUUGCUGAGGACACCAAACUGGAGACCACGCUUUAAGUUCUACCACUGGGCUCUUUCCUUCCUGGGUAUGAGCAUGUGCCUGUCGCUCAUGUUUAUCUGUUCCUGGUAUUAUGCAAUAGUUGCCAUGGGCAUUGCCACCUGCAUUUAUAAAUACAUUGAAUUCUGUGGAGCUGAGAAAGAGUGGGGUGAUGGGAUACGUGGAAUUUCUCUCAGUGCUGCACGGUUUGCUCUUAUGAGGGUGGAAGAGGGCCCACCACACACCAAGAACUGGAGACCUCAAAUCCUGCUUCUGGUUGGCGUUGAUGUGGAGCAGAAUGUAGAGCAGCCUCGUCUGUUUUCGCUGACCAAUCAGCUAAAAGCAGGGAAGGGUCUAACGAUUGUCGGUACCUCAGUUCCAGGAACCUUCCUUGACAAUUACAUUGACGCUCAAAGAGCAGACCAGUCUCUGCAAAAGCUGAUGGAGAGAGAGAAGGUCAAAGGUUUCUCCCAGGUGGUCAUCUCAUCGAAUCUGAGGGAUGGUACGUCCCAUCUGAUCCAAGUUGGAGGACUGGGAGGCAUGAAGCACAACACUGUGAUGGUCAGCUGGCCUCACAACUGGAAGCAGCCCGAGUGUCACCAGCACUUUAGGAACUUUAUCGAGGUGGUGAGAGAGACAACUAUUGCAAGUUUGGCCUUGCUGGUUCCUAAGAACAUCUCCAGCUACCCUUCGAAUGGCGAGCGCUUCACUGAAGGCCACAUAGACGUGUGGUGGAUCGUCCACGACGGAGGCAUGCUGAUGCUUCUGCCCUUCCUGCUGCGCCAGCAUAAAGUGUGGAGGAAAUGCAAGAUGCGCAUUUUCACAGUAGCGCAGAUGGAUGACAACAGCAUCCAGAUGAAGAAAGAUCUCAUCACCUUCCUUUAUCACCUUCGCAUUGAUGCCGAGGUGGAGGUGGUGGAGAUGUUUGACAGUGACAUCUCAGUCUACACCUACGAGAAGACGCUCAUUAUGGAACAACGCUCACAGAUCCUCAAACAGAUGCAUCUAACCAAGAAUGAGAAGGAGAGAGAGAUCCAAAGUAUUACAGAUUCAUCCCGUGGGUCUAUCCGUCGCAAAAACCCUAAUACACUGCGCUCUCAGCGCAGCACUGAGGAGAGCGUCAGCUUGGCGGAAAAACCAGAAGAGGAGUCUGAGGCUGUGUGUAACCCAACACAGGUUGAGUCGAUCCACAGGAAGAACAUCUCCACAGCAGCCGGUACCACGUCACCUACUGUGCCUGCAGGGGGCACUGCAAGCUGGAAGGAAGACAAGGGCACAGACAAGGUCAAGAAUCACAAAGCAGCAGCAAACUUGGAAGUGGCCAAGGAACUCUUCAGCAUGAAGCCGGAAUGGGAGAACUUGAAUCAGUCUGAUGUCAGGCGCAUGCAUACAGCUUUGCGGCUCAAUGAAGUCAUCGUAAAGAAGUCCAAGGAGGCAAAACUUGUGCUGCUCAACAUGCCUGGACCACCCAAGAAUCGCAUAGGUGAUGAAAAUUACAUGGAGUUCCUUGAGGUCCUCACUGAAGGUCUUAAUCGGGUGCUCCUGGUGCGUGGAGGUGGGCGCGAGGUGAUUACCAUCUACUCCUGAAGGCCUUUUAAUGACAUUGACACAUGGUGUCUCGACGGAUUCCGCCCUCCCCUUCGUCCAAUUCUGCACUGUUCUGCAUAAAUCCUUCACUGCCUGUCUUCAUGACUGCUGUUUUCAGGUGACCUCUACCCAUUUAGCCGCAUCUGUUAUUGUU